AUGUGUGGGGUCCGUUUCUCCCUCUCUCCCUCUCUCCUCCCUCUCCUCCUGUCCUGCCUCCUCUCUACCCGGGUGCGCGCCCUCGCGCUGCAGGCGCACGCAGGCGCCUACCUGCCCGUGCUGCUCGAUGCAAACUCGAGCCGGAACGUCUGCACCGCGCUCCGGCUGCUGCUCGAGCGGCUCGAGGCGGAGGCGGCGUCGGUGCGGCGGCUCUACUACUACACGAGGCCGCGCGGGCCGGCCGUGCCGUACGGCGAGCACCUCGUCGCCUACCGCGCCGCGCACGCGACGUCGCCGGCGGUGUGGCUGCCCUACCUCGCGGUGGCAAUGCUGGUGGCGCUGUGGCACGCGGCGGUGAGGCACACGCCGCUGGGCCGGCUGGCGGGCGCGCGCUCCGUCGACUACCUGCUGCAGGUGAGCAGCAGGGACCACACCUUUGACAAUGGCCGCAUCCAUCGGGACUUCCCGUCGCUCGCCGCGUCGGAGGAGAGCCUCGUGCGGGCUUUCAGGCGGAUCGAGGCGCGCGCGCUGCAGCGGCGAAGGGCUGGCCGGCGGCGGCGCGGUACGGCUUUAUGGUGA